UCCACCUCCUCCUAAGCCGCUGAUUGGCUUUUGGGCUCGCGCCUAUCUCGGCCCCCGCUCCAGUCAGUUUCGGGCUGGUUGGCGCGGAAUCGAGAGACUCCGGGACCAUGGCGCCCAUACACGGCAACGAUUCCGAGCUGGGGGCGAGCGAUUCAGGGAGUUUUGUAGCUUCUCGAGCCCGGCGAGAAAAAAAAUCAAAGAAAGGACGCCAGGAAGCUUUGGAGAGACUGAAAAAGGCUAAAGCUGGUGAGAAGUAUAAAUAUGAAGUCGAGGACUUCACAAGUGUUUAUGAAGAAGUUGAUGAAGAACAGUAUUCUAAGCUGGUUCAGGCACGCCAGGAUGACGACUGGAUUGUGGAUGAUGAUGGUAUCGGCUAUGUGGAAGAUGGCCGAGAGAUUUUUGAUGAUGACCUUGAAGAUGAUACCCUUGAUGCCAGUGAGAAAGGAAAGGAUGUUAAAAUACACAGCAAAGGCAAGAGGAAUGUAAAGAAGCCUUCAGUGACAAAACCAAACAAUAUCAAGACCAUGCUCAUUGCUGGUGCUGGAAAGAAAACCGCAGAUAAAGCUGUAGACUUGUCCAAGGAUGAUCUACUUGGGGACAUCCUACAGGAUCUGAACACUGAGACACCUCAGAUAACUCCACCACCUGUAAUAAUACCAAAGAAGAAAAGAUCCCUUGGAGCGUCGCUGAAUCCUUUUUCUGUGCGUCCCUCCAAGGCAGUUCCUUCAGGAAAAUCUGCUUCCCCUGUCGUCGGGAAGGUGCCUCCAUUAACUCCUGCUCCUCAUAAACGUGCCGAGUUUGUUGGAGAUGUGGUGCAGGGAGAGCCACGAGAAGAUGAGCAGGAGCCAGGGGCAAUGGAGUUUGAAGAUGGCGACUUUGAUGAGCCCAUGGAGUCCGAGGAGGUGGACAUAGAGCCUGUUGCUGCCAAGACAUGGGCGCAAGAGAGUGAGCCAGCAGAGGCAGUGCAAGACGUGGCAGAUCCUGGCAGAGAGAGCACGUCUUACUUAGGAAGUUUCCUGCCAGAUGUCUCCUGUUGGGACAUUGAUCAGGAAGAUGACAGCAGUUUGUCAGCUCAGGAAGUGGAAGUUCAUGUGGAUUCCAGUCACCUCCCGUUGGUAAAAGGGGCAGAUGAAGAACAAGUGUUCCAGUUUUAUUGGCUGGAUGCUUAUGAAGAUCAGUACAACCAACCAGGUGUGGUAUUUCUGUUUGGCAAGGUUUGGAUUGAAUCAGCCAAAACCCACGUGAGCUGUUGUGUUACAGUGAAAAACAUUGAGAGAACACUCUAUUUCCUUCCCCGUGAAAUGAAAAUGGAUCUAAAUACAGAGAAAGAAACAGGAACUUCAGUUACCAUGAAGGAUGUUUAUGAUGAGUUUGAUGAGAAAAUAGCAACAAAAUACAGAAUCAUGAAAUUCAAGUCCAAGAUAGUGGAAAAGAACUAUGCUUUUGAGGUACCUGAUGUUCCAGAAAAAUCUGAGUACUUAGAAGUUAGAUACUCGGCUGAAUUGCCACAGCUUCCUCAGGAUUUGAAAGGAGAAACUUUUUCUCAUGUAUUUGGGACCAACACGUCCAGCUUAGAAUUAUUUUUGAUGAACAGAAAGAUCAAAGGACCGUGUUGGCUUGAAGUAAAAAAUCCACAACUCUUGAAUCAGUCAGUCAGUUGGUGCAAAGUUGAGGCAAUGGCUUUGAAACCAGACUUGGUGAAUGUCGUCAAAGAUGUCAGUCCUCCCCCACUUGUGGUGAUGUCUUUCAGCAUGAAGACUAUGCAGAAUGCAAAGAGCCAUCAAAAUGAGAUUAUCGCUGUGGCCGCUUUGGUCCAUCACAGUUUUGCCCUGGAUAAGGCGCCCCCACAGCCCCCCUUCCAGUCACACUUCUGUGUUGUGUCUAAACCAAAGGACUGUAUUUUCCCAUAUGCUUUCACAGAAGUCAUUAAGGAAAAGAAUGUGAAGGUUGAGGUUGCCGCAACAGAAAGAACACUGCUGGGUUUUUUCCUUGCAAAAGUUCACAAAAUUGAUCCUGAUAUCAUUGUGGGUCAUAAUAUUUAUGGGUUUGAUCUGGAAGUACUACUGCAGAGAAUUAACAUGUGCAAAGUUCCUCACUGGUCCAAGAUAGGUCGACUGAAGCGAUUCAGCAUGCCAAAGCUUGGGGGCCGGAGUGGAUUUGGUGAAAGAAAUGCUACCUGUGGCCGAAUGAUCUGUGAUGUGGAAAUUUCAGCAAAGGAAUUGAUUCGUUGUAAAAGCUACCAUUUGUCCGAACUUGUUCAACAGAUUCUGAAAACUGAAAGAACUGUGAUUCCAAUGGAAAAUGUACAAAAUAUGUAUAGUGAACCUUCUCAUCUGUUGUACCUGUUGGAGCACACCUGGAAAGAUGCCAAGUUCAUUUUGCAGAUUAUGUGUGAGCUAAAUGUUCUUCCAUUAGCAUUGCAGAUCACUAACAUCGCCGGGAACGUUAUGUCCAGGACACUGAUGGGUGGACGAUCUGAGCGUAAUGAGUUCUUGUUGCUUCAUGCGUUUUAUGAAAACAACUAUAUUGUGCCUGACAAGCAGAUUUUCAGAAAGCCUCAGCAAAAACUGGGUGAUGAAGAUGAAAUGGAUGGAGACACUGAUAAAUACAAGAAAGGACGUAGGAAAGCAGCUUAUGCUGGAGGUUUGGUCUUGGACCCCAAAGUUGGUUUUUAUGAUAAAUUCGUUUUGCUUCUGGACUUCAACAGUUUAUAUCCUUCCAUUAUUCAGGAAUUUAACAUCUGUUUUACAACAGUGCAAAGAGUUGUUUCAGAGGCCCAGAAAGUUACAGAGGAUGGAGAACAAGAACAAAUCCCUGAGUUGCCAGAUCCAGGCUUAGAAAUGGGCAUUUUGCCCAGAGAGAUCCGGAAACUGGUAGAGCGGAGAAAACAUGUCAAACAGCUAAUGAAACAGCAAGAUUUAAAUCCAGACCUUGUUCUUCAGUAUGACAUUCGACAGAAGGCUUUGAAGCUUACAGCGAACAGUAUGUACGGUUGCCUGGGAUUUUCCUACAGCAGGUUUUACGCCAAACCACUGGCUGCCUUGGUGACAUACAAAGGAAGAGAGAUUUUGAUGCAUACUAAAGAGAUGGUACAGAAGAUGAAUCUUGAAGUUAUCUAUGGAGAUACAGAUUCCAUUAUGAUAAACACCAAUAGCACCAAUUUGGAAGAAGUAUUUAAGCUGGGAAACAAGAUAAAAAACGAAGUCAAUAAGUUGUAUAAGCUGCUUGAAAUCGACAUUGAUGGUGUAUUCAAGUCACUGCUACUGCUGAAGAAAAAGAAAUACGCAGCUCUGGUUGUUGAACCAACAUCGGAUGGGAAUUACAUUACCAAACAGGAGCUGAAAGGGUUGGAUAUAGUUAGGAGAGAUUGGUGUGAUCUUGCUAAAGACACUGGAAACUUUGUCAUUGGCCAGAUUCUCUCUGAUCAAAGCCGGGACACGAUAGUCGAAAACAUUCAGAAGAGGUUAAUAGAAAUUGGAGAAAAUGUGCUAAAUGGCAGUGUCCCAGUGAACCAGUUUGAGAUUAACAAGGCAUUAACAAAGGACCCCCAGGAUUACCCUGAUAAGAAAAGCCUACCCCAUGUACAUGUUGCACUCUGGAUAAAUUCUCAAGGUGGCAGAAAGGUGAAAGCUGGAGAUACUGUUUCCUAUGUCAUCUGUCAGGAUGGCUCGAACCUCACGGCCAGCCAGAGGGCCUAUGCUCCUGAGCAGCUGCAGAAACAGGACAAUUUAACCAUUGACACCCAGUACUAUUUGGCCCAGCAGAUCCACCCAGUUGUGGCGCGAAUCUGUGAGCCAAUAGAUGGAAUUGAUGCUGUGCUUAUUGCCACCUGGUUAGGCCUCGACCCCACCCAGUUUAGAGUUUCUCAUUAUCAUAAAGAUGAAGAGAAUGAUGCUUUACUUGGUGGCCCAGCCCAGCUCACUGAUGAAGAGAAAUACAAGGACUGUGAAAAAUUCAAAUGUCCAUGCCCUACAUGUGGAACCGAGAAUAUUUAUGAUAAUGUCUUUGAUGGUUUGGGAGCCGAUAUGGAGCCCAGUUUGUAUCGUUGCAGUAACAUCAACUGUAAAGCUUCACCUCUGACCUUUGUGGUACAGCUGUGCAACAAAUUGGUCAUGGACAUUAGACGUUGCAUUAAAAAGUACUAUGAUGGCUGGUUGGUAUGUGAAGAGCCAAUGUGUCGCAAUCGAACUCGGCACCUUCCCCUCCAGUUCUCCCGAAAUGGACCUCUUUGCCCAGCUUGCACGAAAGCUACACUUAGAGCAGAGUAUUCUGACAAGACCCUGUACACCCAGCUGUGCUUUUACCGGUACAUUUUUGAUGUGGACUGUGCGCUGGAGAAACUUAUUACCGAUCAUGAGAAAGAAAAAAUGAAGAAGCAGUAUCUUACCCAAAAAGUUCUUCAGGACUACAGAAAACUCAAGAACACAGCAGAGCAGUUCUUGCUGCGAAGUGGCUACUCCGAAGUGAACCUCAGCAAACUCUUCGCCGAUUGUGCUGUGAAGUCCUGAGGGAGGCCCAGGCAGCACCAGGAGCCGGUAGCUGAAGCAUCCAGCUUCCUUGGCACCUGCACGCUGGGCCCACCUGCUUCUCAGGCAUCUGCUUUUCCCUGUGGGACUGCAUCUCGUGUUUGGGUGGAUGUGGACUAGGAGGGGAGAUCAGAAAAACAUUUAGUCUUCCAGACAAGACUGAGUAAAUGCACAGUCUUCAUAUUAAGAUGCACGGCUUUGAAGCAUGCCCCAGAGUCCUUCCCCAAGCACCUGAAGUCCUGGCAUUUGGGGAUCUGGGUCUGGGUUUCCCGGGGAGGGCAACUGCUACUUUGAUUGAGUAUGGCUGGAAUGUAAGAGACUCCAGGCUUUGCCUCAGGGCCUUUAGCAGAGCUGCCCCCAGAAAAAACAGUUCCUGAAGCCUAGCUGGAGACCUAACGUUUUCGCCUUUUCACACGCCAAUUAAACCCAGUCUAAAUCCAAAUGCUUCUCCAGCCGCUCCCUCCAGAGUGGCUGUCCUUUUCAGUCCUGUCUUUUAUAUAGGUAGCUGGGGGGAGAUGUCAAAGCCUUGCACUUACUAAAUAGAUUAGACAGAGCCAGCUUGUUUAUCGAGUGGCUCCAGAGCCCCCCCACACACACACACUGAGCAGGUGUUUUAUACCCACACAUUUUUUUCCUCUUAAAUAGAAAGUUCAGGUAAAGGUCUAUACAACAGGAAAGCACAUUUAAGUUAAUUUGAUACUCUAACAUUUCAUUAAAAAUUCAUAGAGGUUAGGGUGAGGAUCACUGGGAAAUUGGAGGGAACAGGUAAUUGGCCCUGGUGCUUGCUAUUUCUCCUCUUCAGAAUGGCACCGUCUUUGCCAGCAGCAAAAUCUAGUUCAAUAUGGCAGCCUUUCCUUUCUUACAUUCUUGGUAAGAUCAUAACUAACAAAAUAUAUUUCUCUUUGUACAACUAUGCUGUGUUUUAAAAAAGUUUACCUGUGUUUUUAUAAAGGAAAAAUAUGUUCUGCUUUUUACUUAAGAAUAAAGUAUUGUAAAGGGAAA